ACACUUAUCUGCGUGUUUUAUUUUCUCUCUGCCAUUUUUAACGGAUUUAUUAUUUCUUCCAUUUCUAUCAACCGAUUCGCGAGUUUUUUGUUCCGACAUUUCUCGUUAUUCCCUGUUGAUUCGUUCGUAAAUCAUCAAAAUUGAUUGAGAUCUGGUGUAUUGAAUAUGAAAGUGAACUUCCUUUUUGUUUAAUUUGUUCAAUCAUAAGGAAAAAUUUCUAGUUUGAGGUUGGAUUUCUUGGUUUUGAAUAAUGAGGGUGAAGCAGGAGGAGGUGAUUGGUUAUGAGAGCGAAGAGGGAAGGGAAAUGGAAUCCAGUAGUAGUUCUGGUUCAUCUGGUGAGUUGGGGUUUCACGACAACCUGAUGAAGGUUAUUGUUGUUGGUUAUGCGCUUACCUCUAAGAAGAUUAAGAGCUUUUUGCAACCAAAGCUCGAAGGUUUAGCUAGGAAUAAGGGGAUUUUCUUUGUUGCUAUUGAUCAAACCAGGCCUCUUUCAGAUCAAGGUCCUUUUGACAUUGUGCUGCAUAAGUUGUGUGGGAAGGAAUGGCGAAAAAUUCUUGAGGAUUAUCGCCUGACGCAUCCUGAAGUCACAGUGCUUGAUCCUCCUGAUGCCAUACAGCAUGUAUACAACAGGCAGUCUAUGCUUCAGGAUGUUGCUGAUCUGGGUCUUUCAGAUGCAUAUGGUACAGUCGGUGUCCCGAAACAAUUGGUGAUAGAAAAAGACCCAUCAUCUAUUCCAGAUGCGAUUAAGAAGGCCGGGUUGUCCCUGCCUCUUGUUGCAAAGCCUUUGUUUGCUAAGUCGCAUGAACUAUCACUGGCUUAUGAUGAGUAUUCCCUUCAGAAGCUAGAGCCUCCUCUCGUUCUUCAAGAAUUUGUUAACCACGGCGGUGUUCUCUUCAAGGUUUAUAUUGUGGGGGAUGCAAUCAAGGUUGUCCGGCGUUUCUCCUUACCCGACGUUAGCAAACGUGAGUUGUCCAGAAGCAGUGGUGUCUUUCGCUUUCCUAGGGUCUCAUCUGCUGCCCAAUCUGCAGAUGAUGCAGAUCUAGACCCAUGUAUUGCCGAGCUUCCUCCACGAGCUUUACUCGAGCGCCUUGCUAGAGAACUACGAUGCCGACUGGGACUUCAUCUGUUCAACUUGGAUAUGAUUCGAGAGCAUGGAACCAGAGAUCGUUUCUAUGUUAUUGACAUCAACUAUUUUCCUGGUUACGGUAAAAUGCCGGAAUACGAGCACAUCUUUACAGACUUCCUGUUGAACUUGGUGCAAAGCAAGUUCAAGAACACUGCUAGUUUAUGCUGAAUAUACGUGAGUGAUUAUAAUAAAAAAGCACAAACUAUUGACUAAUGGUGGAUCUACUGCAGAAAGAAAUGGGCGUUCUGGUCAUGGUUUUCUCAAUCAACUCUCACUGGGUUUGUAUGUAUAUCUUUAUAUUAAUUAAUUUGUGUUAGGUUUUAUUAUAUGUUGAUAAUGGAAAAAGACAGGUUUAACACCUAAUGUUGAUGAUGACUUGCAC